UCUAUGAGUUGUUACAAUUCUUUUGAAUUAGACAACCUCUUUAUCUUUCCUUUUGACUUAUAGGAACCAAAAAUGGGGAAAAUGAUAAGGUGGUUGAAGACAUUGUUUGGUUUCAAAACAGAAUCAAAUUCCGGUGACCGGAGAACCAACAUUCCGUCGUGCAUUGGCCGCGCACGUCGAUACGCCAUUUGUUCUCCGCCAGAGACUCCAAUUCACAUCAACAACUGUGAAGAACAAAGCAGACGUGCAAUUGCAGUUGCUGCCGCCACCGCUGCUGCCGCUGAUGUCGCCGUUGCUGCCGCCCAUGCUGCCUAUGCGUUUGCCCGGUUAACAACUCAGAUUCGAUCAGCCACUGCCACCAGGGAUCGGGAGAAUUCAGCUGCAAUCAAAAUUCAGUCUAUGUUUCGUGGGUAUUUGUCAAGGAAAGCAUUGAAGGCUUUGAAAUCACUAGUGAAGCUUCAAGCACUUGUGAGAGGUUAUUUAGUGAGGAAGCGAGCAGUUCAGACUCUUCAGGGGAUGGAGGCUUUGUUUAGAGCACGAUCCAAUGUUUUUGCACGCAAAUUUCGUCUUCGAUAUGAUGAAUUUCAUCCAAGAAGAUUAACGAGGGGGGCUUGUGAGGGAAGAACUAGAAGCAGAAGGAUUUCAUCUACUUUUCAGAUCCAAGAUGAUGGUAGGCCCAACCCUAUUGAGGUGGACCUUGAAGAGCCCAAAUCAAGACUAAAACGAGCCAACACAUGGGCUUGGGCUGCAGACCAGACACCAUCUCCUUUAUUGAGUAGUAACCCGAGGAGCCAUCUUUCGAUGCCCGGUUCAUCAAACCAUCAUGAGUUUGAGUUUUGCUUCUCCACAACCCACAACACCCCUCGUUUUGCGUACUCAUGUGGGCCCGACGACUACGGGUCGAUCAUAAAUGGGAUUUCUAAGGAUGAUUCUUUUGCGAGCCACCCGGGUUACAUGGCUAACACCAAGUCUUUUAGGGCUAAGCUUAGGUCCCGUAGUGCACCAAAGCAAAGGCCAGAGUAUGGGCCUGGGGUCAAGAUUAGUAAUGGGCUUAUUGAGUUGGAAUGUGGGCUAGAUAUGGAGAAGUCAAAGUCACCGUCAAUGCUAAAAAACAGUUUUAAGAACUAUGUGAUGGAUUGGAAAGUCCUCAAAAAGUAAACUUGAGUGCUUAAGAUAGAAGUUUUUAUUUUUAUUUAUUUAUUUAUUUUUUGAUUUGAUAGGAGGAAAAUUAUGCAA